AUGGAUAUUAAUAACCAUGAUAAUCAAAAUGGCAAAUUACCAAACAAGUCAAAUAAUAACAGUAAUGGGGACAAAAUGGAAGAAGAUAAAAAAGAUGAAAAGAACGAAAAAGAUAAAGGAGAUAUCAUAAAUUUAUUUUCAGAUGACGAUUUAGAUAUUAUCUCGAAUGAUAAAAAAAGAAAUCAACCCAUUAUUAUAAUUGAGGAUAGUACGAUUCAAUCACCUGUGACGAGAGCUUCAAAAUUAAAACCAAAUGGAAAUACUAUAAAAAGAAAUACCAAUAAUAAUACCAAUAAUAAUACCAAUAAUAAUACCAAUAAUAAUAAUAAUAAUAAUAAUAAUAAUAAUAAUAAUAAUAAUAAUAAUAAUAAUAAUAAUAAUAAUAAUCUUAUUAAUAGAAGUAAAAGAUCUACCCGAAAUGCUCACCCCACUACUCCUCUAAGUAGAAAUCUGGGGAAAUAA